AACGAAAGAAAUCUUAUCUGCCACCCACUAUUUCACACUGUUAGUAAACAUGCUAAUUUCAUUGUAUCCAGUGAGACGAGACAUCAAAUUCCAACGAUCCAUCAUGUGCCCCCACACCCCCAUUACUCUCUCUCUCCUCCUCUUUUUUCCCUCCUCUCUCGCUCUCUGUCUCACCAACUUGAGGCCUCUCCACCGCUAUAUAAAUCUCUCUAGUGAUCAUCUCUCUUCAUCCCAAGCUCCAUUCCUUUCUUCCUCCACUUCCUUUGUUAUCUCUUUGUUUUACUUAAGUAAUCUCUUUUCUUUUUUCGCUUCAACUACAAUUCCCCUUGGGUGUCAAUGGCCACUGUUGAGGUUGUGUCAGCUACAUCAGCACUCCCAGAGGAAGCUAAAAUGGAAACAAUCAAGGCUGAAGAAACCACCACCAAAGAAACAAUCACCGAAGAGGUAGUGACCGCGCCAGCAACCGUGGCAGCAGAGCCACCAGCGGAAGAGCAGAAGGAAGCAGAGGCGGCUGCAGCACCAGAGGAACCCGCAGUUCCAGAGCCGGAAGCUACUCCGGUAGUUGAGGUCGAGACCGAGGAAGUGGUGGUGGAAGAGGCUGAGGUGGUUGUCGAAGAGGCUGUUGUAGAGGAAAAAGAAGAGGUUUCUCCAAAGGUGGCCCCAGAACCAGCUGAAGUGGAAACUAAGCUGGAGGCUCUCGCGGAGCCGGAAGCAGAACCAGAAGUAGUCUCUGAAGCUCCAAAAGAUGAAGUUGCUAUUGAAGAAAAAGCAGCUGAAGUUGAAGCGGAAGUUGUCACAGAAGCAGCAGUUGUGAAGACUGAGGAAUGAAUAAGCUAUAAAAAAUGUGGCUUUAGUGAAAAUUAAGGUUGUUGAUGAGGUGGGGACAGUAUGUUAGGUGUCUUCUUGUUGUUUAUUUUGUCCAAUAAAGCUAUUACUCAGGAGGUGUGGGGUUUGGAAUCUUAGAAAUAUGUUCACGACCCACUUGGAUAGUCCAAUGCCAACUUGCCACGCAGCCGGCGACAUGUAUUGGAAUAGAGACCUAGAUGGGCUGCAGAUGGUUGGUUACGGCCGCGCCACGUGGCUCGUGGUUAUUGGUUCUAAGUAGGUCUGUUUAGUUGUGUAAUGUUGAAUGUGUUUGGUUAUGCAAGAUGGGCUAUGCCAGCUUCAAUAAUAAAUCUUAUUGUGUUUAAUAAA